UAUGUAUGCAUCUCAGAUCGCCGGCGAUCUGGAAAAGGAAGAACAAAGGGGAAGUGGUGAUGAGCGGAGAAGAAGGAAUGAGCAAUCAGAGGAUAGACGGAGCAGGUGGGAAUCAGACAGACCGCGGGACAGAGAACGCAACAGAGACAGGAAUCGCGAACGAACCGCUCUGGCUUCUCAGCAAGAGGAGCGUCGGCAGCAUGAUGACCGACGCAGGGAAAACCGUCAACGGCGUGAAGAAGGCGGCGAGGAACAUAAUUUCGGAACCUCUGACGGAGGAAGUGAUGACUCAAGACCGCCUCCGGCUGAGAAAGAGAAGCCCAACUUUGAACUGUCGGGCGCGCUCACAGAAGACACCAACACAUUCCGGGGCGUGGUGAUCAAGUACAACGAGCCGCCCGAGGCUCGCAUCCCAAAGCGCAGAUGGAGAUUGUAUCCCUUUAAGAAUGAUGACCCCCUUCCUGUCAUGUACAUCCACAGACAGAGUGCCUAUCUAUUGGGGCGCCAGAGAAAAAUUGCUGAUAUCCCCAUUGACCACCCGUCCUGCUCCAAGCAACAUGCGGUAUUCCAGUACAGAUUGGUAGAGUAUACUCGAGCUGACGGCACCACUGGCCGCAGGGUGAGGCCUUACAUUAUUGACCUUGCUUCUGGGAACGGCACCUACCUGAACAAUCAGCGGAUCGAGUCCCAGCGUUACUAUGAGCUCAAAGAAAAAGAUGUCCUCAAGUUUGGCUUCAGCAGCCGCGAGUAUGUGCUGCUGCACGAGUUCUCAGACACGAGCGAGGUGGAUGUGAAGCAGGAAGAUGAAGAGGAAGACGACGAGGGAAUUGAUGAGUAAAUUAUUCCCACAUACUCGAUUGUCCGCAUAUAUUCAGGCAAGAUCACUAAAAUUGUUAAAAAUGCAGAGCUGUCUGCUGAAAACAGACCUGCAAACUUGUAAAAUGCAGGAAUUAAUGUCCCAAAAGUGAGUGGAAUUGUAUAUUUUCUGUAAGUAUUGAAGUCUUGCUUGAAUCUGCCACAGUUGUCUCAAAGUAGACCUCCUUUUCUCAGGUUUGUGUGAUGCAUGAUUGAUCUUUCUGAUCUCAUGUAAUGUGUCAGGGUACAUAACAUUACUGCGGUGUGAUCCCUGGAUCCUUAAAUAAAGAUUUCUUAUUGA